CUUCAUGAGCUAACAGCUGUAAAUCUAGAAGUUAAAUUUGGCGCUUUUUUUGUCGACAGUUAUAAGUGAAACACAAAACAGAUCGUGUUAAAUUUGAUGAGAGACUUGGUAGAGUUUCUUUCCAAGUCUGCACUGAAGAGCAGGUCAAGACAUGUCUGGUGGGCGGGACAAGAAUGCUACCUGUUCAGCGAGAGGGUCACUGCUUGGCUGAGAGGAUCUGUCAGUCAAUGGCCAAUCCCAGAUUGAAGCAGUUCACCUGGAGCAGCGCAUAGAUCGACGAGGCCGGGUUUCGGUGCAGUACUCACCUUACAAUUCACAGUAUACCCAAGGCCAACAGUUCAACGUUCUGGCCAUGAGGACAAGGAUUUUCAUCAUCACUCUCCAAUAUCUGAUGGUGGUGGGCGUUGGCGCCCUGGAAGUCAGCAUUGCACAGGAUGAGUACGAGUAUGCCAGAGGUGACAACGUAACUCUGCCAUGCUCAUUCCAAUCCGAAUUCACCAAGCCACCACUGGUGGUCGUCACCUGGUCUGUGGAAGGAUUAGAAGCUAAUGCUGAUGAGAAAAUGGUCGCCACUUAUUACUCUGCUGGUGCGUGGACGGACAUCAAAGAAGCCUACAAAAAGCGCGUUUCAAUGGACGUAAACCUGGCUACGGGAAAGGCCGACCUGCGAAUUUCCUCAAUCACACUUGCGGAAAAUAAAGAAUUUGAGUGCCGUGUCCAGAUCCCGGGCGACACGGAGGGCACACUUUUCGACAGUACUCGCUUGGUGGUUCUAGUGGCUCCAUCUACGCCCAUAUGUCAGAUCCAGGGGAAAGCACAAUACGGCCAGAACAUCAACCUGACCUGUCACUCAGAAGAGGGCUCACCACCACCCACCUAUGAGUGGAGCAGUAUUAAUGCACGUAAUGUUCCUCAUAUGAAAGACCCGAGGACUACCAGCAAGGGUGGCAUCCUGUCUCUAUUCAACAUCACCAAAGAGACAUCAGGAUACUACACCUGCAUCUCCAGCAACAAGAUCCGCUCUGCCAGCUGCAACCUCACCCUCACAGUCAUGCCACCGUCCAUGAACAUCGGACCCACAGCAGGAAUAAUCGCAGGAGUUGUCGCCGCGCUGAUCAUCCUGGUUGUCGUCAUCUACUGUUGCUGCUGUCGCAAGAAGAAAGAGGAAGAGGAUUAUGAGAUGGGAGUUCAAGAGGAAGCGCGUCCCGGCAAAGUGCCUGACAGCAACGGAGCUGAGAGGUCAGACGAUAGACACAUUGAUGACGAAGACGAGUCCAGUGUGAGGGCGCCUCUUCGGGAGGGGAACCAAGGACGACGCGAACGUGACCAGAGCCCACGCAGGGAUCACGACGAUCGGCGUAGCGACUACAAUGAUCGUCCCAGGGAUUACGACGAUGGCCGCAGCGACUACAACGAUCAGCGCAGGGAUUACGACGAUCGCCGUAGCGAAUACAGUGACCGUCGCAGCGAUUACACCGAUCGGCGCAGCAAUUACACCGACAAGAACGAGGACCACCGUGGGCGCUAUGACGAUGAUGACCGCUACGCCGAUCGUACAGAUCCCCGCGAUAAGUACGAUGAUCGCUACGACGAUGAGAGAAACAGAGAUCGCCGCUACCGUGAUGACGACCGCUACGAUGAACCUUACGAUGCUCGGGACAGAAGAGACUAAUGAUUCUGACGGGUUCGCUGAUAAUCUUUAUUUUAGGAACUGAUUAUGGAUGAGCUCAAAAGGAGGGGGCACUGUCAUUUUUAUCGCCCACUUUCCUGGGCCACGUAAAAUAUCGACAACUAGAAAUAACUCACGACAUCCAACUUGUAACAUUCAUUCUUUGCAACUACUC